AUCCGUUGCUCUGAAUCCUGAUUAUGAAAAUUCAAAAUGUCAUUAUUACCAUUGUUGAAUGCCGAAUGUAUGUUUGUAGUUUAUACUGAUUAAGGAAUAUUGAAUAGUGUUGUCUAAGUCUAAUCGUUGUGUUGUAGUUAUUAGUAAUGCAUUGUGCCUUCUUUACCGCCGACCAUCUUUGUAGCGUCUAGUUCAACUUGUAUAAUAUCGCGACCAAAGAUUACAGGUUUAGUAUUAACAUAGUAAAUUAAUGCAACACUGCUGACAAGUCACAACCUAAUAUUUAAUUUUAAUAUUGCACUUAUCACACACUAGUUUGGUUAUAAUUUGUGUCAAUUUCGCGUUAUUCUAGAAUAAUUCGUGUUGCAAUUGUUCGUCGGAGUGAGCAGUUUGUUAAUCAUUUCUAUUGCAUAAAGUGUGAUUACAGUUCAAUCUCAAAAUAAUUAUUAAUUUUGCCAUUCAUUGAUCUAAAAUGCCACGUACCAAGAGAAGAACCGUCAAGCGGUCGUCUGCCGACAUGAACAUGACUGCUGUGAAUGCAACGAUGGCCAACCAGUCAAAAAAUAUGAAAGAAAUUUUGACUGAAUUUGAUUGUGAAAAACAAAAUAUUGAAGAUUAUUUUUACGAUAUUUUUGAUACUCAAAGAAAUUUAAUCGAAAAUUCAUUUUUAAUGACAAAAAUGAAUUUGGGUGAUAUACUCAAUAAUAAUCUCUAUGACACUAUUUUUAAGCAGUAUCCAAUAAAAUCUAACAGUGACAGUGGAACUAAAAAAAAAGUGGAACGUCCUUCAAGGCCAGUUACCAAAGCUACAGUAAAUAGGACUACCAGACAAAAAAGUACGUCUAGUUCUACAUCUAAGACUAAUGGUUCUGCUACAGUAACAAAACACCGUAGUGCUACACGCAAUGGUGAUGAUAAGCCACUAUUAGCAGAAACAAUGGAAUCUAGAUUUAAAACUCCAAUUAAUCGACUACCUGUACCUGCUUCAGCAACAGUUACACCAAAAGUUAAUAUGCAUGAACCAAUAUCAAUGAUGCGACGUCCAAACCAAGGAGAGGUUGCACUUUCAAUGACUGGAAGUCCACUCAUGGUAUCGUCUGUUUCUAGGGAUGAUAUGGCUACAGUCAGUGUACCAUUAGCCAAUGGAAAUAUUCUAUCGAUAUUACCUAGAGCUGGUGCUACUAUGGACAUAUCAUUUGAUGAACAAACUAAAAAUGAGUUACUUCUUCUCAAAGGAAACAUUGAAGGGCUGUUGAAAAUGAAUAGAAGAGGUUUGUGAGUACUUAGUAAGAAUAUAUAUUAUAUUGGAAAAAACACAGAGGAUGAAAACAUAUAAUGUAGUUAUUACUAUAAUAAUUACAAUUUUUAAUAUUAAUAUUAGUAAAUGUUUUUAAUAUUAAUUUAAGUUUAAUUAUUAAUAUAUUAAUUUUCCCUACCCUAAGUAAAAAAAAAAAGAUGAUGUUUACUAACAAAUGUUAAAUAUAAAAAACAAAUUCACCACAAAUGAAGUGUAAAGUGAAGAUACAUUUUAAGUUUUGUAAUAUUAUUACUAACACACUUUCAUAUUUUCUGUACUGUG